CCAGGUCUCUCGCAGUCUCGUCUCUCAUCCUCUUACAAUUUAUUUGCACCAAGAAAAAUUCCGCUGCACACUCGUAUGGCUACAUCAGGCAAUACCGACGCGGCGGGCAUACAGCCACCCGCCCUCCCGCCAUCAUGAGCUCCCUUGAAGGUCAGGUCUCUAGCGCGUUCGCUACCUCUACCAUUGCCUCCUCCGCCAGCACCAUUAUCAACGCAGCAAGCUCUUCCAGCGCGGCCAAGAGCAGUGGCGCUGCCACGACCGUCAGGCACAAGCAGGCAAACGUUGAGCACGUCUGGUACGGCAUUCUGGCUCUACUCGGUCUGGCAACCCUCGUCAAUGCAUCCUACAUUGUCUGGUCGAUAUUCUUCCGCUACCGCGCUCGCCAUGUACGCUCUACAACGCCCGCUCGACCCUCCGGGAGGGUAGCUCUUCGGCGACUUCCUCAGGCAGCCUUGUCUCUGCUGCGCAUAGUCAGCUUCCGGAUGCGGGUUCCUUUCGUCGACAUGACGCUCCUGGAGUUGCUGUUGGCGAUUGUGUACGUCGGUGGAUGUUUGGCAUGGUCCUUUGUACCCAGAGACAACAUCUUGCCUAGGGUCAACCUCGAGCCGGCGACUUGGGGCGGGAACUCUGGAAAGCUCGCUGCGGGUCAGCUACCUCUUGCAGUCGUACUUGCAUUGAAGAACAACCCCAUUACAUGGUUGACGGGCAUCGGACACGAAAGGCUUGUCCCAGUUCACCGCAUGGUCUCGAGAUGCAUCUUCGUACUCGUAUGGCUGCAUCUGGUUGGAGUAUAUCUCCGGUCGCCUGCACAAUUCAUCAACGAAGGCUGGAAGGUCGCAGGACUAGUAGGUGCCGUGGCGCAAACCAUCACCACAAUAUUCGGCAUCAAGCAAAUACGCCGUCGUUAUUACGAAGUAUUCUACUCAAGCCACGUCGUUCUCAUCCUCGUAUUCCUGAUUGCCGUACACAUUCACUGCAUCCCUGUGAAGUUUGACAUGUACAUGUGGGCGGUUUGGGCGAUAUGGGGUUUCGACAGGCUGGUACGCGCUAGUCGCUACAUCCUCUUCAACCUGCUGCUCCCUUGCACGAGGCCCAAGGCGCUUGUCGAGUGCAUAAGGGCGAAGGGUCUGCGUGUAACGCUGAAGCGUAAAAUCCCCGGCGGUUGGAAGGCUGGACAGCACGCUUUCCUCGCGUUCCCCAAGUUGGGGAUCGAGUCGCACCCGUUCACCAUCCUCAGCGUCUACGACAAGGACCAAGCUAGCGGAGAGGCCGAGAUGGUGUUCAUCAUCCGUGCGAUGGGCGGCCAAACGAGCACUCUUUUGGACCUUGCAAUGCCAACCGGACACUGCGAGCUGACGGCGCUGGUGGAUGGACCGUACGGCCACCCGGAGGACAUCCGGCCGUUUUCGACGUGCGUCUUCAUCGCAGGAGGCACCGGUGUCACGUAUACCAUGGCCCGCAUGCAUCAGCUCUUCAGGGACGUCCUGGCGUCGAACGCUUGCACCAAACGCGUGGUCUUUGUCUGGGCCGUACGUACCGAAGCCGAGUCUCAGUGGAUUCUGGCCGAUCUCGCGAAGAUCACCGCCCUCACGCCCCAAUCCCUCUCAGUGUCUGUUGCGGUAUUUGUCACUGGCGCUGGCAGUAAUCGCGCGACCGCCUACCUUCCGACGCUCGGGAAGGACUGCGACCUUGGGAAGGCGCUGGCUCUGUCAACGCUCGCCCGCUCCGACUGUCGCUCGCCGACCUCAUCCCGCGUCGAAAAAGAAGACGCUCGUUGCGACGAGAAGACCGACGAGGGGUCCUCGGGCUCGCAGGGGUCUGGGACGUGCACUCCGACGAACACGGACACAGACUACUUUGGUUCGGGCGCGUCCACGCCGACGUUCACCGCAUGCGCCGACGCUGCUCUCCCUCUCUCUCGCGGAGGCAUCACACGCAGGUCCGGCAGGCCUGACGUACGGAAGAUUCUGGAGGAAGAAAUCACUGCUUCUACGGGUGCGGUUGCAGUGGAUGUAUCUGGCCCGGACGGGCUCGUGAACGCUGUGCGUUCCGCGCUCUGCCAGCCCUUUACCGGACCGGCGGUGACGCUGAGGGGCACCCCCACCGUCAUGCUCAGCGUCGAGCAGUUCCGGAUGUAAUUCCGUCGGCGCAUAUGUGCGGCAGACAAGGCACACGCUUGAAGCGUGUAGAGCCCGGAGACCGGUUUUCCCAUAUCGUACGCCCUUCCUAAUACUCGUCCUGUAUCGCUACCAUUAUUAGAGGGCCAUCCCACAGCUGUAUCGAGUAGCACCUUGUAUCAA